AUGAGAUUAAGAAGCCAGGAGGAUGUCCCCAUCACAACCGGGGAUCUGCCGCAGCGUGAGAGUAGUGCAAGCACAAAGAAACGAAGCGGGUUGCCAUACGAAGAUACAUUCAAUCAAGACAAACAGUACUUGUUUAUUCCUAAUCUCCAUCGCGACCAUAUGCCAUCGACGGUUACCUCGUUUUUCGUACUACAGUCCUUUUACACGGCUUUCUUUGGUACUACGCCUCAGCUCGGUCAUAUCUUGCCCCGAGCGUUGACGCCAUCCAGUAUCUCGUCAGCCGACUCGAGCGAGAUCGAGAGUACACAAAGUGAAGCUGAUGACAUCUCGUUACCUCGCCAGGAAAGUGGAAAAAAGAGGGCGAAUGAGCUGCCGAGUCAUCAAGCAGUAAAGCGACAAGGUCGAUUAUGGGCGAGCACGGCCGAAGUGAACUCACCCGUUCAUUCUCCCGCCCGUCAUACCAUUCACUUCCGCACAUUCCGAUAUGGACAGCUAGAGACUGUUCGUACAGCGCACGUUGACCCUUCCGACGAAAAUGAAGUAAAGAAGGUCGCGUAUGAGCUUCAAGAGCAGGACUUUGCGUUUCUUUCGACCUCCUUUAAGUCGUUGCUUCCAGAGCAAGUGCAAGGUAGCGCUUUGUCAAGUGGUAUCAACACGGUCCUGGUCCUCCCGCGAGAACGUGUUGUAGUGGAUAAGCCUCUUAAACAGGCGAUUAAAAACCUACUACAGUCAGAUUCGAAAUCGGUGUCUGUGUAG